ACAAGUGCAAGAGCCAAGAAAUGGGGAAACAACGUUGUGCUUGACGAACCCAUGGAUAGCAUAAAAUUAAGGCUCUCUUGGCGACCUAAAGUGCUAUCAUAAAUUUUCAAGAUCCAUGGAUAUUAAAGAUUGUCCCUACUCAACAAUGAGCAGUUGUCGGAAAGGAUGUCGUCUACAACGUCACCACUAAUGCUGGGAAGGAUCCUUGUACGACAGUUCUAGACCAUAACAAGGUGUUCCACAAGGCUGAGGGAGGAACAGCAACUCCUAUUUCUACCAGGUGUUUUGGGAAAUACUGAUUGACAGUGAUUACGGAUUUCACCUUAAAUACACAAUGGAACCAUUCAAGAUUCUCCAUAUCUCGUUCGUUCUACUACAUUUUUCAGUUUGAAAAUUUAUUUACAAUCAUCAUGUAUCCGUUAAAUAUCUAUUCUAGAACUUUCCUGCUUUUCUCGGUCAGCAGUUCUCUUUUAUCUGUUGCACAGUACUCAGCCCGUGCUCCUUGUUAUUUUCCGGAUUCUUCGAUUGCGGAAAAUUUCACUUCCUGUUCAUCAACUGGAAAUGGAGACUGUUGUCUCCAAUCCGAUAUUUGUACAAAUUGGGGAGAUUGUGUGAGUCAAGAGAAUGGAUAUCGUUAUAGAGGAGCAUGCACGGAUAGUACAUGGGAAGAUCCAUCAUGUCCGGACUAUUGCCUGGGUUCAAGUAGUGCGUUCUUUCCAACCAAGAUAUUUUCACACAAAUUGACAUUUCUCAGCUGGCAAUAGUUCAAGAGUGAAUGUUAUUCCAUGCAGGAUAGCCGAUACGGAUGGAACAUGGUGUUGCGCAUACAAUGGAGAUUGUUGUACGGGACCAUUAACUUUCCUACCCGGUACAAGGAUCGUGUUCGCGGAACCAAAUAAUUUACUUACUACAUUCGCUACUGCAUCUGGGUCAGCAUCAGUCCUUGCAAGUACAACAGUAUCCACAUCCACAUCAUCAACAACGUCCGAUACCUCACUCAGCCCCACUACCACAUCAUCCUCAUCCCCUGCAACCACUUCCCCAACUCCCCCAUCCUCAGCAACAACCACCUCAACUGCAACCAUAGUCGGCGCAGCAGUCGGUGUCCCAUUAGCACUAGCUUUCAUCACAGCACUCUUUCUUCUUUUCCGCGAACGGAAAAAACACACGGAUCAGAAUCAUGAAAAGAAGGAUUUCGAAAGGAAGAAAUUAGAUCGUAAUGUUAAUGAUGGGGUUAGUCCGGGAUAUAAUUCUUCCUCGCUGUCGAAUGGGGCGAUAGGGACAACCUACUAUGCGUCGUCGCAGCCGAGAGAGAAUUAUACGCAUGUGGAGAAUAGGGAGGGGUUGGGGGAGCGGGAGGGACCCCAAGCUGGUGGGGUGUUGGAGUCUAGGGGACCGCUUUAUGAGUUGUGGGUUAGGUAGAGGAGGAUGAGGAUGUACGGUUGUGGGUUUGGGUUGUUUGUUUGUUUGUGGGUUUGUUUGCUUAUAUAG